UGUUUAAUCCUGCUGCGUGUUAAAAUAUUAACGGGAGUCGGGGAGAGGCACCUUCGCCGGCGGUUAUUGACCGCACGAGCUGCGCCAAGAUGGCGUCGCGACUGUUUGAAGAGCGGGAACACGCCGCCCUGUACCAGAGAUACCGGCUCUCCUCGCCCUUCCAAAUCCGCAACCUCAUCCUCGACUACUUGCAGAGAAAGAAGGGCAAGCCAUUCACCCUCGCAGUGGAUAUUGGAUGCGGCUCAGGCCAAAGCACCAGGGGAUUGGCUUCUUACUUUGACAGAGUGGUUGGGAUUGAUGUGAGUGAAGCUCAGAUUGAAGAGGCCAAGAAGGUAGAUGGACCUGAUAAUGUCUCUUACAGACAGGGUGUGGCAGAAGAACUGGAGUUCAAGGAUGGUUCUGUCGACCUGCUAACAGCAGCAGCAGCUGCGCAUUGGUUUGAUUUGGAGAAGUUCAUGAAGGAAGUUGACAGGGUUUUAAAACCCAAAGGCUGCCUGGCUCUGUAUUGCUACCGAGUACCGUUUGAAUUGCAUUACAAUGCCUGCUCUGAGCGUUUGACCCAGGUUGUGCAACAGGCAUUGAAGACCCUGGCUCCAUAUGAGAGUGAAAAAACUCGGAUUGUUCGGACUGAAUACAGGGAAAUAUUUGAUACUAUCACGUUCUCUGAUAAAGAGAGGGUCAAUAACAUUCAAUUCAAGCAGUCAGUGCCAAUCUUGUGGAUCAAAGGCUUCAUCGAAUCCUUAUCUUACUACCAAGCAUUUCAGAAGAAGGAUCCAGAAGUGGCUAAAGCCACUCUCGAAAGAAUGGAGCGAGAUGUUUUGCAGACUAUGGGAGUUUCUUCCAGGGAGACUAUGUUGGAAGUGAAGUGGACUGCUUUCUGCCUACUGGCAAGCAAACCUGAGUGAUAUCUGCAACAAUGUUUCUCGGACCAAUUGCAUCAAGAGAUAAUUUCACCUGCCUUAAUUACCACCUGGAUUUGUGUAACAGCGAUUAAUUGUGAGUUUUGAACUGCAUCAAGUCUGGUUGAAGACAGCCAUAUUGUCAGGAGCCCAGGAAGAACUUUGAGGCACACCACUAAAGAGAGUUCUUGGCCAUGGGAGGCAAAAAGGAAGGAAUCGGAAAUCAUCUGUCCUAUCAAGAGAUCAGGCAAUCUGCAAGUGCUAUAACUCCAGAACUAGUGAGGAAUAAGUAACCUCCCUCUCUCCUCCUGAGCUCUUCUGUACAGGAAAAUAUUGAUUAUUUGACUAUAGAAGCCAUUGAAUCUACUCAAUCUGCCUUCAAGUGUCAGCUAUUUCAAUUCAGAAUGAGAAAUUUCAAGAGGAAACAGACCUGCAUCAUUUAUAGAGAUUGAUCUUACCUUCAUCAUUGUAAUUACCUUUCAACUUUACCUCCUGUUAAUCUUUAUAAAUGUAUUUUUAGUUAAUAGCCUUAUCACUUUUACUUGAA